AUGCGUUUAAUCUCCCGCCUGAAGCAACUGAAGUUGCUCAAAUUCUUUGAGAAAAAGGCCGACACACGACCGCGCCUCUGUCAACGCAUCCCAUUGGAGAUCUGGAGCGAAAUAUUUCAAUACCUCCCUCUUGGUGUCCCCAUUUUCAUGAAUGUGUGCAAGACCUGGAGGCAAGCAGCGUUAUCGAGUCCUCGGCUCUGGACAGAUAUCAUGGCCAACGUCGACGACGAUGCCUACGUAGAGACCAUAGAAGCUCGGCUUUCACGUUCAGGCGCGCUUGGAGUCCAUGUCGCCCUUUUUCGCGGAGAUGUUUCUGUCGGCGGCGUAGAUAUCAAGGACCGCCUCAAGGCAACCCCGGAGAAGGAGCGUUGGAAAAGUCUUUACUUCGACUCCCCCAGUUUCAUUCGACCUCUUUUAGACAUUAAGAAUGGGACGCGUUGGGAUAUGCUUCAGGAGCUCAUUAUGGACGUCAAAGACGAACAAGUUGACAUUGAAAACGAACCGUUCGACAUCACGCACCUGCGCGCUCUCCGCUUUCUGACUAUUCGCGCCAUCGGUGGUGUGUCAGUCAAUACCUUUCGCGUACCCUGGAAUCAACUUGCUUUCCUCCAUCUUCAUUUAACAUGGUCUCAAGCAGCCGACCUCCUUCCCAUCGUACAACGCUCGAUCAAUGUAGUCCUAUGUGUCAUAGUUCUUGAAGGUGCCUCGAUCGGCAACAACUUGGAACCCCCACCCUCCUAUCCUCGAGUUCGACAGCAAAUGCCAAAAAUGCAGGGUCUAUUCCUCAAUGGCGCAGAUACCAUGACGCCACUUCUCUCCUAUUUAUCCGCCCCUUCCUUGCACAUCCUCAGCAUCACUUCAAGACGUUUUCUUUACGACCGCCAUUCCGAGGCCUAUUUUCCCGGGAGCGACAUCGCUUGUUUCGUGUCCGCCUCGAGGUGCAAACUUACUGUUCUUGAGCUCCAUGGUAUCAAUAUGCGCUUCAAAGAUGUCCUCGUCUGCUUCGAGGCAUUACAACAUUUGUUCCUAUUGAAAGUCACUAAUCGAGGAGUCGCCCCAGUUCUAACAGGCCAGGUGCUUCUUGAAUUGGCUCGUAGGACGGCCCACCCCGACGUGGUGCUUCUUCCCAAACUGAGGAUUCUGCUGGUCUACACGCCUGCCUUCGUUCUCUCUCAUGCAGAUUGUAUGGAAUUCCUCAAAUCUCGGAGAAACAAAGGCAGUCCUCGUCACGUCUCACCACUUCAGAGGAUAGAAAGAUAUGUUUUCAGGAAGGCAGUUUCGGAUUCAACAGAGGGAGAACAAUUGUCGUCGGACCGGGAUACGUUCACGUCUGAUGCUGUUAUGAGCAACCUCAAUUGUUUCUCCCAUUUCGCCACCCUUCUGGAGGAGGCCGGUCUGCCGUUUCGCAAAACAUUCACUUUAAUAACUUCAUAA